AUCCACUGAGCUGCAGAAGAAAAUGAAACAUGGCGGCUGUAAAUAAACUAGUCAUCAAAGCAGGCUAUCCUGGAUAAAAUGAGCAGUUUGAAGUUCUGCUGACUAAUAAUUUGGUAAUACUUUAUAUUGAACCUAUCUUGUGUUAGUCUACCCUGUGUCACCUCUAAUAUUAAGAUGGUAACAGGUAAUUUAUAGUUUUUCUAGUUCUCAUCAUGCCGUAUCUGAGUGGUAAGGAGAUGGUGAAGGAGCUCAGGAGGGCUCUGUCGAACCCCAACAUCCAGUCCGACCGUCUGCGGUACCGGAACACCGUGCUCAAAGUCAUCAGGGCUAUGUCUCAGGGCGUGGAUGUGUCCGACCUGUUCAGUGAAAUGGUGAAAGCCUGCGCCACAGUGGAUGUCGUCCAGAAGAAACUGGUGUACGUCUUCCUGUGUUGCUAUGCCCACCUGAACCCAGAGCUGUCCCUUCUGGUCGUCAACACUCUGAGGAAAGACUGCCUGGAUCCCAACCCCAUGGUGCGCAGCCUGGCCCUGAGGAGCAUGACCAACCUGAGGUUGUCCAGCUUAGUGGAGUAUGUGGAGCAACCUCUGACCGCAGGGCUGAGAGACAGGGCGGCUUGCGUCCGACGGGUGGCCGUCCUUGGUUGGGCCAAGCUGCACAAUCUCCAACCUGGCUCUGAAAUAGACGGCGCGGUGGUGAACGAGCUGUACAGCCUGCUGAGGGACCCGGACCCCGUGGUGAUGGUGAACUGCCUCAGAGCUCUGGAGGAGGUCCUGAAGGACGAGGGGGGUGUCGUCAUUAACAAGCCCAUCACUCAUCACCUCCUCAACAGGCUAAAGGAGUGUGACACUUGGGGCCAGUCGGAGGUGCUGAGGGUCCUCCAGCGGUACCAGCCCCAGUCAGAAGACGAGCUCUUUGACAUCCUCUCCCUGCUGGACUCCUCCCUGGUCAGCCCCCACCCUCCAGUCAUGGCGGCCACCCUCAGCCUCUUCCUGAGCCUCUGCUCCGGCCUUCCUGCGGUCAGCCAGGCCGCCCUGGAGCGAGUGCGAGGACCUCUGCUGGCCGCAUGCGGGAGUGGAUCGAGGGAGAUGAGGUUUACGGCCCUCUGUCAUAUACAGCUGCUGUUGCGUUCCAUCCCCGGCCUGCUGGGAGAGCACUACAAGCGUUUCUUCUGUAGCUACGCUGAACCGGCCUACAUCAAGCGCAGAAAAAUGCAGGUGCUGGUAGAGCUGGUGAAUGAUGAGAACGUUAUAAUGAUCCUGGAUGAGCUGAAGGGUUACUGCACUGACGUCAACACAGACACCGCUCAGGCCGCCAUAUCAGCCAUUGGACGCAUCGGCCGAAGCUACAGCGACAAAUGUCUGGAGAUUCUCACCGGGCUGCUCGGGCUGAAACAGGAUCAGAUAACCUCUGCGGUGGUGCAGACGAUCCGUGAUCUGGUCUGGGCGUGUCCUCAGUGCAGCGAUGCAGUGUCUUCAGCCCUGGAGGGCUGCGAGGAAGUGCUGCAAGACAGCCAGGGCAGGCAGGCGUUGCUGUGGCUGCUGGGCGCCUAUGGGGAGAGGAUUUCCAGCGCCCCCUACACGUUGGAAGCGUUCAUCGACGGAGUGAGAAGCGAGACCUCCAUGGAGUUGAAGAUGGAGCUGCUGACGUCCACCAUGAGGCUGUUUCUGUGUCGUCCUGCUGAGACUCAGGACAUGCUGGGGAGGCUGCUGCACUACUGCAUAGAGGAGGAGAGAGACAUGUGUGUGCGUGGCCAGGCUCUUCUCUAUUACCGCUUGUUGCAGCGUGGGAUCGGAGAGACCCGAAAUGUUCUCCAGGUCCGGAGAUCGGACCCCUCCAUAGGCGUUUUAAUCGGCCGCCAGGCCGAACCCAUUAGCCAGUGGGUGAGCAGCUUUAACACUCUGGAGCCUCUGCAGCACUGUUCAGUAGAAGUAGAGUCAACCAGUAGGGGGAGCCCAGAACACCUGGCAUCUAUUCCCAAACCAAACGAAGACCUUCCGGACAAUCUGGACUGCAGACAACUUGAGAUGGUUCAUUUAGGUUCAGACGGCGCCGCUCAGCGUUUGGGCGGCCCGGCUGGCCUCCCGGCUCCCGGCGCCGAGCCCAGUGUCACUCUGUCUCUUUCUCCACCCGUCACCCCGGAGGAGUUUGAGUGCCUGUGGAUGCAGCAGCGUGCUUCGCAUCCAGAACAAGAGUCGGCCGAUGAGGGAGAUAACGGCACGUGGAUAGAGGACACCAUCAGGUGUGGGGCCGUGCCCCACUGCUCCCCACAGAGCCUUCACGCCGCCAUGCAGCUCGUCAACAUCCAGACGCUUGCCUUCACGCCGUCACACACGCUCCCGUGGAAAGUCUUCCUUUACACGCACACCUUGCGCGCCGACACAUCCUGCAGCACGCUGGUGCUGGGGGAGCUGCUGUACGCCGGAGAGCUAAAUCCAAAACGCUCAGCUGAAGGAGAGAUGGAGGGCAAUGAACAAACGCAAGCAACGGCGGAUGGAGAUAAGGAAGUUAAAGUGACUCUUUGGCAGCAGCCGCAUGAUGUUAGCUCCCUGAGGGUCUUUCUGUCAGUCCUAACCACUGUACUGCACACACUUUCCUCUGAGGUGGCUAAGCCUAAAGUGAGUUGUUUAGUUCCAUCGUGAUGUUAUCCAGUGCCUUGAAAACUGAUGUGGGUGAGAAAAGGAUGACUUGACUUUGACACGGUAACAGGAAAGUACACACUUGUUACAUAUGAGGCUGGGUAAAAUGUGCACAAAAGCUGUUCAUAUUUUCUGUUUAAUCAUAUCCAUAGUGUGCUACACUAUGAAAAGCUAAAUAAAAAUCAACUGAGAUUCAUGAA